AUGAUUCUGAAGCACACUAUGCCACCACGCAUAGAGGGGUAUCGGAAUCAGCUGAUCUUCCGCGAUGAACUACGACGCUCCGUUUUGUUGGGCGCAGUGUGCCGGCGAUGGCGUACUACUACGCUCAAUACAGCUACGCUGUGGUCCACCAUCAACUACAGAUCAGACAAGGGGAACCAAUACGAGAAGCUACAAGAAGAAAUUCUCCUUCGUUCUCAUCAUGCGCCCCUCGACCUCCAUGUGACUUACGACCACCCACCGAUGAGUCGCCUAGUAGUGCACACACCCCGCAUCCGCGACUUGACCAUUUGUUGUGACCGGAUGCCUGUGCUCGAGCUAGACGUCGACUUUCCUCAACUUGAAAACCUCACUCUGUAUGGCUUGGGUUAUCUUUUAAGCCGCCAAGAGGACAAAUCCGUCUCAAUCUUCUCCUUCGCAGCGUCGCCCAUGUUACGCAAGCUCACUUUGAAGGCUUUCUAUUUCUUCCCCCGUAUCGCCUACGGUUCCCUGACACACCUUGCCCUCGAGGAUAUGGACCUUCCCUCCCUAGGCAGCGUCCUCCACCUCAUAUCGAGGUAUGCUCCCACCCUCGAAGGCCUCGUGCUUCGCAACCUCUCCGGGGCCGUCCCCGCCCAUCCGCCUGCUCCCACAGAGAAACUCCCUCAAAUUCACCUCCCCCGCGCCCGACGCCUCGCCAUGGGCAGCCUAAAAGCACGGUGCGACUCGAUCCAGUUCCUCAAGUACCUCAUCCCCCCCGCUUCGGCGUCGCUGCACCUCGUCGGCGAGGCCGCGACGACCCUCCCGCCCGACCUCCCGGCACUCGCGUGGAUCGGCACCUGCACCACCCUCGCCGUCGCGCUGCUCGAGAGCGAGGUCACGCUCGUCCUCUCCGGCGCCCCCGACAACGCGGCCGCGACGCUCUCGCUCCGUUGGCAGCAGGACUGGUACAACGCUCGGAGCGCGCACGUGCCUUGGGUGCGGCUCGCAGCCGUCGCCCUCCACGCGGACACGCUGGACUGCUCCCCGCUGCUCUUGCUCGAUGUCGUCCGCGAAGCCGCGCCGGGGAGCGUGCGGUCUCUGCGCGUCGCGCUCGGGGAGCGGAUGUCGCAGCGGUAUGGGCGGGAGUUCCUGGCGGUCCUCUUGGCGGUGAUCGGCGGGUCGGGGGAGAAGACGCUGGGGUUGGAUGAGCUGGAGGUGUGGACGGAGGACGUGGAGAAUCACCUGAUGCGGAUGGACCUUGGGAGGCAGGCGAGAGAUGUGAAGAAGGUCGUGGUCCAUUGUCAUACGCUGAGGGACAAGAUGUGGUGGGAUCAGAUACGGAGGGACCUGCCGCAGGCGGAGAUGCAACUGCUGGCCAUGGAUUGGAAGGAAGGACAAAAAACGGUGCAUCACCCGGAGGCAAGACUACCAUACACAUGCGUCAACAAAUACGGAACUGCCGCGCAAAACUCCAAGCAUCCAGGCUUCCCGUACGACCGGUUCUCCCUCCACGCCCUUGUGCAUCUUCGACAGUCGCGGCAACAGUUGCAGCAGACGCCCUUCUCCGGCUCGGGAAUGACCGUCGACGUCACCCGGUGCUGCGAGUCGGGAAAUACGGGAUACGCCAUGACCGCUGUGAACGCGAUGAUGGAGAGUACAGAUGAGGGCGGACAGCUGCGUUUGCCGCCGAUAGGCUGGGCUGGGUGUACGGUAUAUGUCGACAGAGGCGAGACACGGAAGUAA